AUGAGUUACGUAUUGUUACGACAAAAUGAACGUCAUACAGGUCGGAUUAUUCGAAGAAGUUAUCGAAAUAUGUGUUUCUUGCAAAGACGAGUGUCGACCGAACAACAACCAUUAGCGACACUAAACGAUAGUGAAAACAACGAAGCACCAGCUGAUGUCUCCUUCGAGUUACGACUUGUAGUCGAUGAAGAUAAAAACACGAGCCUUGAAAGUGAAAAAGAAAAAAUCAUCGAUACAUCAGCAACAGAAGAUGAAGAAAUGGAUACACAGCCACUAUUCGAACAACCGGUUCUUCUCGAGGGCAAACGAUCGAGAAAACCAACAUCACGCCUUGAAUUAGCAAAAUUAACACCAACGAAAAAGGAGUUAACUAUUCCACAGGGUCACGGUAAACCACUAGGUGAAAUUGAAUAUAUUAACUAUCAAAUAAGUCAUGCGUCAAGUGAAACAUUGUCUCGAAUGCGAAUUAUUUGUUUUGGUCGACGAGGAAAUUCAACAAAUAUUCGAAAGCAUCUCCGCGAAUUCAAUGGCUUUGCAUUCGAACGUGAAAGUGACGAAUAUCAAAGACAAAUAAGCACUUUAGCAAAAUUAAAAAAGGAUCAAUUACGUUCAAUCUUACGACUUCUCGGUUUGACGUCAACGGGUCGAAAUACUGAACAAGCCGAGCGAAUCUUAAACUUUCUCAUGAAACCUACCGAUGAAGGAAAAACCAUAUCAAAGAAAAAAUCAACAGGUCGUAAGAAAAAGUCGGCUACUGAGGAGCCUAAAAAAGAAAAUGGCAUCACCGCAUUAAAACUCAAACGAAAUGAUGAAGGUGCUGCAAUCGAAUCCGAAGAAAAACCAGUCAAAGUAAACGAUGCAGAUACAAAAGAUUUUGACCCAAUCGAAAACGGACAGACGGUUACAGUUGGAAAAUGA